AAAGGCAACUGGGAAGAUGAAUUUAUCCUUUGUGGUGUAUAUUUUACCGCAUCGCAUCUAUCUUACUAAUAUAACUUUUUCCCACGUCGCAUUUUCUCUUCUCGCACAGCUUAAUGCAAAUGCAUAAAGAAAAAUAAUAACGAUUGAAGUUUCUCUACGCCAAGACUGUAAUUUGCAAUCACUCCCAUGAAUACAAACUAUAAAAUAUAAUUCUUGAAGUUCAACAAAUAUGUUCGUAAACAUGAGAAAUGAGAAAUUGACUUCAUUGGCAUGUAUAGAACGGAGAAUUUUCCAUUAAAGGACGCUUAGGAGCUUUCGGUACGUGAUGAUGAAUAUUUUGGUAUAAUUGGUGAAUUUGUGCAUGAAGUGUAUCCAAUGGUGCGGAUGUUGGAGACAAUUCUCACGAGAGCGAAAGAUUCACCCAGAUUACCAGUGAGGAUUGAUAAACAUCCAAUCCAUUUCCCCCACAACCCUCAUGACGCUGUCGCUUAUCGCUCUUAAUUAAUCAAGCUAACCCAAUUUUGUCCGCAAUUUUUUCAACUGCAAAUUUUUUAAUUAUUAAAUUAUAAGUUCAUGAGUCACGUAUAAUCAACCAUCCGGAGCCCCCAAAAAUUCUACCCUCUGGUGUGCUUAAUAUGAAAUAUUAAGAAAUUAUCUCUCUGGCCUCCCAAGUUGAGUCGAAUGGGAAAGAAUUCAGGGGGUGAAUUUACAUAAUUCAUUAGAGCUGGAGCAUGAAUUUUUUGGGGGUAUCUAAUGCUGUGUUCCCUCCACUCUCUCUCUCAAUUAAGACAAUUAGAAGGUAAUUAAACCCCUUGGCACUUCGCACUCAACGAAAUCCACUGUGACUUGUGGAUUUUUGCCCAGUCAGACACAAAGUAUCCUCGCGCAACCUCAUGCGGCGCUGAACAAUGAGAUAGAGUGAAGUGAAUGGAUAGAGGAGGACUGAGCCGGAGAGAAGUUAUGCGGCGGCCGGCCAGGCGAUCGCAUAUUCGUGAGCCGAGACAGUGGCCGUUGGGAGAGUGUUUGGCAGUGUGAAGCGGCGUCCAGGAGCGUCGCCAUGAGGCGACGACGAGUGACGCUGCUUCUGCUUGAGUUGAUCCUGGCGGUGGCCUUGGCCGCGGCCCGCGGCCCCCCGCCGCCCAUCCUGCGGCCGCGCGAGGGCGACCCCUUCGACAGCCUGCCGAAGAGCUUCUGGCAGGAGUUCUCGUCGCCCUUCACGGACUCCCCGGACGGCGGCGACACGGACGACAGCGCGGAGUCGCUGGAGACCACCACGCGCGAGCCGCAGCCCUUCUUCGAGGAGCCCGCGGCCGCGGCCAACGUCACCACGCAGCUCGGCAGCCACGUGCAUCUGCACUGCCGCGUGAACGACCUGCGGGAGAAAACGGUCUCGUGGGUGCGCCGGAAAGAGGACCAGCUGCAGCUCAUCACCUUCGGCCGCCACACCUACAGCAGCGACUCGCGCUACCAGCUCGAGUACCUGGCGCCCAACGACUGGCAGCUCCUCAUCCAGUUCGCCAACGAGCGCGACGAGGGCCACUACGAGUGCCAGGUGUCCUCGCACCCGCCGCUCGUCUUCCUCGUGCACCUCACCGUCGUGGUGCCGCGCGUCGAGAUCGUGGACGAGCGCGGCGGCGCCGGCGCCGACAAGUUCUACAAGGCGGGCAGCACGAUCGAGCUCAAGUGCGUGAUCAGCAAGGUGCCGCAGCCCACGACCUACGUCACGUGGAAGCACGGCCAGCGGAUGCUCAACUACGACACCAGCCGCGGCGGCAUCAGCGUCAAGACUGACCUGAAGCCCGGCGGAGCUGUGAGCCGACUCUACAUCGCCAACGCCAAUCGAUACGAUUCCGGCAACUACACCUGCUCACUGGCCGACGUCGCCGCGACCACAGUCACCGUCCACGUGCUCAAUGGUGAGAAUCCCGCCGCAAUGCAACAUGGAGGAUCUUCGAGAUGGAAUCCAAUUGCUUGGGCAACAAUCUUCUCCUCCGUCUCCCACUUCCUUGUCCAUUGCCGGUGAUCUUGGACGAUCUCAGUGGUCACGUUAGCUUGUGCUCUGAAUAUUGGCAACAUGAAAUCAAAUGCUGUAAGCACUGGAUGGUAAAUGAACCGCAAAAUUGUAAGUGAAACAUCCUACAAAAUGCUGCAAAAGGAUUUCUCAUGAAUUAUUUCAAAUUUACCUCCCACAAUGAAUAGCAAAGAGCAAGAAGCUUCUGGAUAUCUCAUAAAUUUUCUAUGAGAUAUAUAUACACACAUAUAUAUAUAUUGGGAGUAUGGAAUUUUGGGGGGGGGGAGGUGAAAAAGAAGAGAAAACAUGAGAAACUAAUAACGAAUAUCAAACUUUUUUCACUUAAAAGACAAUUUUUUCGUACCUUUUAGGUAGAUUGAAUUAUGUAAGGUAGCAAAAAAAAAAGAGUGAGAAUUUCCUAUGUAAAUAGAAAAGUAAAUGGUGAAAUUCUUUGGUCUGUGAGAGAGAGUAAAAUCAAAUAUAAUAUGACAGAUAAAAAAUAACUCUAUUUCAGAGCAUUUCUUUAUGUGGUAGAGCAGACAAAGUGUGACAAGUUUCAUAGUGUGUUAAAGUCUAAGGAGAAAAGGAGGAUGUUGAAAAGUAACUACAUAUAUUCCCUCGACAUAUGAUAGGUUAAUUUGUAUGUAAGACACAUGAAUAAAUGACAAACUUGCAUAUUGAGG